AUGGAAUUUGGAAGAAAAAACAGAAGUUUACCUUUGAAUAUUUGUAAAUAUAGUCCUAUGAUGGAAGGAAUUAUUGGCCACUUUGAACAAAAAAUCCAGGAACAUGAAAGUUUUGUGUCAAAUGUUCAAAGUUCUGAAGUAGUUCUAUUGAGUGAAAACUAUUUAUUGGAUGAAUUUCAAGAAUGUCAACCAGAAACAGAAAAUGGAUUUUCUCAUAACUUUAUGUGCAAUGAAUGUGGAAGUAGUCUUAGCUCUAAAAAAUCAUUAGCAAUGCACGUCAGUAGGCAGCAUAAAAAUCGUAAAGAGUAUAAAUGUAAUUUAUGUGAUAAAGUAUAUACUAGGAUAGAAAACUUAAGCUUACAUGUUCGAAAGUUCCACAGUAAAAAAAUUGGUAAAUAG